ACAACACAUGAGCAAUCACCACCUGUGGCUGUGCACACAACACAGGAAGACGGAGAAGACGAAGGUAAGGCUGGAUUAUUCUUCGUUUUUAAAAAGUAAAAAAAAAAUAUGAGGAGGAGGAGAGAAAAUGUACAAACUGACAAAUCAUUGGUGCAGAUAAGGAGGAAGUCAGGUUGCUUAAACUUGGUGGCAGUUCUUUGGUGUCAUCACACGUCUCUGGAGCAAAUAAAACUUUCCCCUGGUUGCUUUGUCAUCAGACUAUAAGAGAUGACUUUGACUCCAACACAAGUCACUUUAAGCUGAAGCAGGUCGUUACACGAGGGCAGAGCUCAAAGCCCUGGAGGAAACCAUGAGCAGUGGUUUUAUCAGCGGGAACAGGAAAACCACGCUGUCUCCACGGGUUUGUUCCAGGCUGAUGACCCUCUAAGACACGUCUGACCCUCCAUCACCAGCUCCUUCACCAGCUCCUUCACCACCUCCAGAGAGACAAGGACGUUAUGUUUCUGUCUGCGUGAGAGUCCAACACGGCGACCACCAUGCAGGAGUGUCACACCGGCCUGUGUCUGUCCGUCUACAUCAUCACAUUCGUGCUGGGUUUGCCCGCCAACCUCCUUGCCUUCUACACGUUCUUCAACAAAGUCAGGCAGAAGCCCACCCCCAUCGACAUCCUGCUCCUCAACCUGACCAUCUCUGACCUCCUCUUCCUCGUCUUCCUGCCCUUUAAGAUGCACGAGGUGGUCAACGACAUGGUGUGGGACCUGCCCUACUUCCUCUGCCCGCUCUCUGGCUUCGUCUUCUACAUGACCAUCUACAACAGCACCUUCUGUCUGACUGCGGUCAGCGUGGAGCGUUACCUGGGCGUGGCCUUCCCGAUCCAGCACUCCCUGAAGCGACGGCCUCUGUACGCCAUCGGCGCCAGCAUCUUCUUCUGGAUCUUCUCCUUCCUCCACCUGAGUAUUGUCUUCAUCAUUCCCUUCAUUGGUGCUGGAAGCUCUCCCGGUAUGAGCCCAGGACAGAACGCCUCCGCCGCCUCAGUCGUAGGUGACGUCAACGAGAAGAAGGUGUGUUACGAGAACUUCACCGAGGCCCAGCUGAACGUGCUGCUGCCCGUGCGUCUGGAGCUCUGCGUGGUGCUUUUCUGCAUCCCUCUCAUCAUCUGCAGCUUCUGCUACAUCAACUUCAUCAGGAUUCUCUCCAACCUGCAGAACAUCAACCGGCGCCGGCGCCUCCGGGCCAUCGGCAUGGCGAUUGGGACUCUGCUGGUGUUCGCCCUCUGCUUCGGCCCCUACAAUGUCUCGCACAUCGUGGGUUUUAUUUACUGGAAAAGUCCAAAGUGGAGAACCAAGGCCCUGCUCUGCAGCACCUUCAACGCCUGCCUCGACCCGCUCAUCUUCUACUUCUCCUCCUCGGCUGUCAGAGGCAACGUGGGCAGUCUCGUCGACGGGGUCAAAGGUUACCUGGACAGGUGCAUGCCCUGUCACCUUUUCCUGCGCUGCUGUGAGACUGAGCCAGACACCAGAUCCAAAUCAGACACCAGAUCCAAAGAUGAGAGCAACACGAACACGAUCUGAGCGAGUGAGCGAGCGAGCGUCUCUGCUGCCCGGCAGGAAAUUAAUUCAUGUUUAUGUUUUUACUUGUGAGGGAAAUUGUUUGGCUUAUCACGCAGUGCAGCGCUGUCCUCGUUUGACUCUCUGAUGAACUUCCUUUUUCAGAAACAAGACACAAGAGAGAGAGAGACUCGGUGUGUCUGUGUUUCUGUGUGAAGCUGCAGAGACGGACGGACGACUCCGAACUGUCGCUUUCACAUGAAACAAUAUUUACGACACAACAGCGACAUUUCGACUGAGCUCCAUUAACGCAGUCAGGCACAGAAAAGCCAACAGAGGGAAAAUCUGCAACAGCUUUGUACGUCAUCGCUCACACUGAGAGAUAAAGCUUAUCUACCUACUUUAAAGGCAUAGUUAAGGGUUUUGUUUAAGUGUGUUUGUAUGAGGUUUUCACUCAUAGUCACUCUGAAUAAGUUUGCUAAUAUGUUCUCGUCUUUAUCUCGCUGUUCGACAGGAAACUGAAGUUUGUAACAAGUACUCGGCCAUUUUGUGUCUGAGAUACAAACACAAAAUGGCUGCCAGACAGAGACACACAGAAGAACUGAUUUUAGCCACUUAACAAAAGACUUUUAUGAUAUCUGAAGCACAUGUUCACGUCUUUAUCUCACUGUGAGACAGACCUUUCCAACAGGAAACUGAAGUUUGUAAACCACUCACUCUCCCACACCAAACCUCACAGAGAUAAUCAGUGAUUUUAGCUUGCGGGGACACAGGAGCUGCUGGUUUACUGCUGCCUCGUGUCUGAACAAAGGAUUUCAAAUGCUGAAAUCAUAAAAUAAGACAUUUGAACUUAGUGAUGGAGGCAGCAGUGGAUCAACAACUCCUGUGUGCUGUGAUCACUGAUAAAAUCACUGUUUUUCUCUGUGGGCUUUGGUGUGGGAGAGUGAGCGUCUAACAGUGAGAUAAAAACAUGAACAUGUAUCACAGACUUACAGCUGACAUAGGUUUUAUGAACUGAGUCUGUUUGUCCUCGUGUCCAUGUCGGUUGUUUGGAGCGUCCAUGUCUCAGGCUGGUUCCUGCCACAGGGGGGCGCUCACAGUUUACCUCAUUCAACCACACUUAAAAAAAAACCUGAACUAUCCGAUAUUUCACAGUUUGUGUCACAUGUUCUUUAGCAUUGUAGCAUGAAAACUAGUAAAGCAUUUCAACAUGUUGGUAAUAAAAAGGGCUGUCAACUUUUCAGCUACAAAUAUUAUUCAGUUUAAUUUUUCAUACUAUACUUUUGUUUUUUCUCUUACGUGAUUAUUAUUACAGAUAUUUUUGGAUUAGAAACCUUGUGUUGUUUAUUUCAAAUGCGUACGUGUUUAAAGCAUACGUGUGACUUACAUAGCGUGUAUGAAAGUACGUGUGAUACUGUAAAACUGUUGUGACGAUGAAUGAAAGUACUGGACCUUUAUUUUCAUACACAAAUUACAUAAACAUAUAUUUUAAAUAAUUCAUGAUUCAGUGUUGUUGUUUUUAAUGCAUCAGUGACGUGAGAGUGGUUUCUCUGUAUGUGUAAUAAAAAAACAGUAACAAUAAGAGAAAUAGAGCAUUUUGAUCGUGCCUGCUUCUUGCUGCCGAUUUUGGGAGGAUUGCACCUUUAAAAAUUUAAGCUUUUAGACCAGAAUUUUUUUUUAAAGAGCGCCAGAUUUCAUAAUGUGAAGAUUUCCCAAGCCAAUGGUACUUUUU